GCCAUUUCAAAAUGGCAGCACCCUUGAAGUCAGUUCUUUUGAUAGCAAAAAAUGCCAAUCUCUUAAAAAAUAAUAUUGCAUUAAGUUGUUUUGCGAGACACAUGACAUGUCGAUCGAAAGGUAAUGAUUAAUCAAUCAAUCAUAAUCAAUGAUGCAUUCAAUGAAUUAUUAUUUAUUAUCAUUUAUGAUUUCAUUAUUUAUAUUUAUUAUUAUCGAAGUGGUUAUUCACAGAGCUGUGCGGAUAACGGAACGCCAACGCUCGCCGUUAUUCGCAGAUUUCGAUCUGCCGAUAACGCUCGACAUUAUUCGCAGAAUGUGAUAAAUUAAAUUAUGAAUAUAAAAUUCAAAGUUCGAAUGCAAACAUCUCGGUAGUGUAGUGGUCAGUAUCUCCGCCUAUCACCUGGAAGACAUAGUUUCGAUUUCCCGUCUGGGAAGCUAAUUUUUAUAAAUAAAAUUUAAAAAAAAAAUAUAUUUAUUGGUUAUUUCGUAGUGUUAUAUUAUAAUAAUAUUCUUCAUGAUUCAUAUAGCUUUCUUAUUCUGUUCACAUAGUUUUAUUAUUAUUUUCAUAUAGUUUUGUUACUUAUGUUACAUGUUUCAAUCUAUUUUGUUUGAAUGUUCAUUCAAGUUUUGCCAAAAAACUGUAAACAACAUGGACAUGGACACACAGAUGAGCCGUAUAAACCAUGUUUAAGUCAGAUAUAGCUGUUCUAACUGUACAUUGUGAUAUACUUUUAGCUCCUUUGAGUGUUUAAUUUUCUUUGUAUAAUUCCACUCAUAGACUUUAACAUCCAUUUGUUUUUUCUCUAAUAAACAAAUAAAUAUUAAUAACUUACUUAUUCAAAUAUUUUAGAUCUCAGAGUUGUGUAUUAAUUAGAUACUUCGAUGAAAGAAGGGAGACUACUAUUUUUUUUGUAUCGGAAAUGGGCGUCGGCGCCGAAAAAUCCGAGUUUUUAAUUUUCCGAUGUGUGUGUCUAUUUAUUAUUAAAUUAGUUCUUUCCACAUAUAUUUAAGUUCCGUUUCCGGCCUUAUAAUUUGGAAGACAUCUUGGCCUACAUUUCUAGCCACCUAUUUUGCUUUUUUCAAUCGACCUUUAUUUUGAAAAUCUUUGGUAUAUAUAAGGCAUCUUCGCAUACAAAAUUUUUUGUGAAAUAAUAAGAUAAGGUCCUUUUUGAUUAAAUCUGUAUGAGCAUUAGAUAUUGAUCUAUAUCUGUGCCAAGUUUCAUUGAUGUAGGUCGUGUCCCACGUUUGUUACACUUGUCACAGUGACCCAUAUCACCAUUAGGUGGCUCAGCCUAAUUUCGACAUGGCUUGGGCCACGCCCCCUUUUUAAUGGCGGAAGUUGCCGAUACUUAGGAAAUAUUUAAUUAUUACCACUAUAUACAUCAAAAUAUUUUAUAUUUUGUGUUUCAGAAUGCAUUUUGAAGACAUUUAAACUGGAAAUGUUUUAAUUUGAGCUUUAAAAACCCUGCAAGGAAAUAUUUAAUUAUUACCACUAUAUACAUCAAAAUAUUUUAUAUUUUGUGUUUCAGAAUGCAUUUUGAAGACAUUUAAACUGGAAAUGUUUUAAUUUGAGCUUUAAAAACCCUGCAGAGUCCAUAAUAUAAAUGAUCAGAAUUUUCCUUGUGCAACACGUUGUCAUUGGCAACCAUUCACAGCCACUUGCAUAAUGGCUACGUUGUAGUACUAUCUCAGAGUUUCAUUCAUAAGAGUUUGCUGUGUGCAAAAGCUAUUAAACCAUUGGUCAGGGAAAGCUUUUAUUAAUUAUUCAUGUGCCAAAGUUGAAAGUUUAAAAUAAGUCGACCCUAAACAGUAUUUUAGUGAUAAGGGAAUGCAUUGCCUUAUAUAAACUAUAUAGUCAUUGCGCAUGACGCGAUCAGUGGAAUGAGGUCACAGAAUGUGGAGAUGCAGUCUAUGUUAAAAAAUGACAAACCAAGUCGUACUUUAAAAAUUCAUAACUUUAAAACUACAACAGCUAAAAAUAUGAUUUUGGUGUUAUAAUUAUGUUUAAAAUUAGCUCUAUUCAACUGUGCCAUUGGUUUAUUUUUAAAAAAUGUUUACAUUUUUGACCAAAGUAUCUAUAUUAAUGUUUAGCUGAAAAAAUAUGUCACGUUUUAUUUGUUUCAUUUUAUUUUCUAAUAAGUAUCAUAAUAAGUAGGGACACAAUAUGCCGCUCCAGAAAUAGUUGAAAUAACACUUAGUGAUGACAAUGAAAUGAACAUACCGGUACCGUACUUAAAACAUAUCAAUAUCAUUGACAUCAACAAUUUUAGCGCUUGUAAAAAAAUUUUGAUAAUUGAAACAAAAAGCCAUACUGCCACUGUUGUAACUAUGGGUCUAAAUACAAAAAAAGCAUACAAAAAUUAAUUGGAACCCUGCUGGUCGUAGGAUGCAUUGCGAGUCUUUGGGAAGUAAAGUUCCCUUGGGGCAAUUGAAGCAGCGUUUACAAGUGUGAGUGUAUGGCCAGUGCAAUAACCAGCCAGCUUUACUUUUCCCCAGCUAAGGCCAGAGCUGGGUAGACUUAGGGACACCCUCAAGGAUCAGGAAAAAAUACUAGCCUUAAACAGGAUUAGAUUCUGUUAUUAUCGAUGUAGGGCCUAUAUGCCCCUCCCCGUCUCUCACAUGGCCGCCUGAUGGAGACACCUCUCUGCAUCAUAACACUGUUGCACGGCAUGUCAACUAUUUCUGACAGAACAUUUCUGGACUACGUGAUAUAUCAUAGUGCUUUAAAAAAACUAAACGAUAUCCUAUCAAGCUUUGACAUCAUUUAAAGAUAUCUCUACAGUGGGUGAAAGUGAGUCUACAUGAAGAAUACCGGUACCAUUUUAUUACUGGUAUAACAUUUAAUAUGAAAUACCAGAAAAUUAGUUAUGUCUAGGAGUAGGAGGUUUGACUGGAUCUAUUAGUAACACUCUAUAGGUCGAAUAGACCCUAUGUUGGCCCCUAACAGAGCAGAUGUAGGCACAAUUAAUGGUCCUAUAUCCAAUAUAUAGGCUAUAGUUAGGCCUAUUAAAUUUUUUUAAUUUAACUUGUGCAUACCGGUAGCUUCGGUUUUGAGAUGUGUUUGUGCCAUUCUCAUUAACGAUCGAUCUAUCCUACACUACUUAAAACUAUACCCUUACCCCGGCUUGGAAUGUGAUCCUAAUUAUUUCUAUAAAUAUGCGUAAUUAUGGGAACAUUUCUGUCUAACAAUAACGCUCUGCAUUAUUCGCAGCUUUCGGCCUGCCGAUAACGCUCAACAUUAUUCACAGAGCUGUGUGGAUAACGCUUGUGUUUUUUAAGUUUUAUGUACUUUGACAGGAAUUUUAAAUAUUCAAAUAUUGUCCUAUUGCCAUGAUAUUAUUUUCAAUGAAUAUGAUGAUGAUCAAUGAUGGUCUGGUCUGAGAAGUGAUGAGAGUGAAUGACACUAGUGUUAGUGCUUGGAUUUUUUUAAGGGUAGGUGCUAUACACAGUUGGCUGGCUGGGAAUAACACUCAACAUUAUUCUCAGCGGACUGUGAAUAAAUAGUAUAAUCAGUAUAAGUAUAAUACUGUAUAAUUCUCAGUGAUACCCAGCUGAUAAUUGCCCAAUGGUUUACUGCAGCUAGUAGCUUGAGUGCCUUGAGCUAGCAAUUAAAAACGAUCUCUGUGCCACGGUUGUGGUUGUGUAGGAUUCUCUCCCUUUUGUUGCUCUUCUUGUUGUUACUAGAGGUAACUUCUCCUUAACACGAAGAUAGAAUGUUUUUUAUUAGGCAGUGUCUACACGUCCGGCGACCGGACAAAUAGUGCGGGAGAUAUUCUUCCGGUGGGCAUGUCAUGUGUCUGCCGGACGACUGAGUAUGUGUUAUUAUUCCGGCAGACAUGUCAUGUGACAAGAGGUCGCCGGCAAAAUUAAAAAAAAAAAAGUCUGUUAUCUUGGUUUAACUAUCUUAUAAAGCUCUACCUAGUUGCCUAAAUUUAAAAUAUUAACCAAACAAAAUAAGGCUCAGAAGGGGAAAUAAAACAAGUUUAUGGUUGAAAGUGAUUAAGGUACAGUCACUAUUUAUUGAGCUUUAAUUUUCCAAUACCCAGGUAUUAAAAUAUUAUAACGACAUUUUGUUUCAUUUGAGACACAAUUUAAUUUGAAUUAAUCUUAAUUAACUGUGACUGCCAACUCAUACUGUAAAAUUAACAAGCAAUUUGUGUACUUCAAAUUGGUUCGCGCAAAAGUAACAGAAAUUACAUUUUGAAAAAGUUUUCGGCACAAAGGAAGGUAAUUUUGCUCACCCAUGUUUUCUAUGUUAUCAGUGUUAACCUUGUUAUCCGUAGGAAAGAUAAAGUUCUGUUGAUGAAAAAUAACAUCCAGCAUGUACAUGAUAUUGGCCAUGUCACUGCUGGCCUCUAACAUUUAUGAUGAAAAUACUCAUACUCGUCUAUUUCUAAAAUCUCUUGAAAUUGAAAACAGCUGGGAUAAACUAUUUCUAAGUCUUUCCAUAGUCACCAAUUGUCUGGUACAUGUUGUAUCAGACUGCGUUUGAUAAUUUUAACACAUAUCGUAAUCCAUAAAGCAAGGGUUUUAUAACUCAGGAGACUAUAUGUAUCAAUAGGUUAUUCCAACUCAUUUCAGAAUUUCAAAGUGCGCACACAUCAGAAACAUUAUCAGAAAAGGAUCCAUUUCCAAUAUUCUCUGACAAAAAGGUACAGGAUCUCUUAUACAGAAUCACAGGAUUUGACCUCCUGAAAGCUGCUGGGCCUCAGAAAAAACCAAUACAAGCACCUUCUUAUAAAUUACUGACUGAUGAAGAAUUACAAAAGGUUAGAACAAACAUACUUUUUAAUGAGACAUAUACAUAGUAAAGUAAGGCAUCAGAAUACAUUUUUUUUCUGCUUCUAAGCAUGGUUUCAAUAAUUGUGCAGGUAUUCUAUAGCAAUAGUUUCAGGAUUAAAAUUAGAAAAAAAUUAAAUAGAAUACCAAGGCAACAUACAUCAUUUUUUAAAAUUAUGACUUUUUGUAAUUUGUAGAUAAACAGAUUUUGUGAUUGUUUAUGUGAUGACAAUAAAUUUUAUUUUUUACAAUAAUGCCAUUUCAGGAACUCCAUGAUGCCAGGAUGAAAUUAAAAGCUAGACUGCAAAUGCCCCCAUAUAUGAAUCCCCGGAAGCGAAACAUAACUCCUUUAAGUAUUGAUCCUGAUCUGGCUAAUUUUGACUCAUCAAAUUAUGUAUUUGUGGAUAUAUCAUUUGGUGUCAAAGAUCGAGUAAGCUCAACAUUUUUUACAACCAAUAAGUUUCUAAACUUUAUUAUGUGUUGUAAAAGUAUUCCAAUGAAUCAAGCUUAGGAAAUUUUAUCAUAAUAUGUUUAGGUGAACAAUUUAUUAUCUGGUCUUUCUUAUGUCAGUGUGCUAAUUUAUAAAUUUGAAUUCUCAAUUUAAUUAUUUCAAAAUUAUAUAUAUAUAUUUAUCUUCUUUGGCUCUAAUGAUUGGACAUUGUCUGUUGGAUACUAGUUUUUAGUAUUUGUUGCUCAUAAUUUGCAAAUCAGAGCACCUCUUAUUUUCAAAAUUCCUAAAGCUAUCAACAUACAAUUCCCUAGGAUUAGGAGAGUUAUGACACAGCGUUCUGCUGCUCAAAUUUAACAUUUUAAAGCUUAUUUUUUAAACUGUUUUUAAAAGUUGUCGUUGUUUUUUAAACAUUUAAAGUUGUUGACUUAAAAAUAAACAACAAAUAAACUGCUUGUCAUCAAGAGAUUGGUAUUGUUAUUUCACUUAGUAAAUUAGUAUUCCUCAUUUCUCUCAGUGGGAUUUUUGUGACAUUGAAUCACCUGUCCCUGCUGCAAGGUAUUUAAGUCAACUGGUUCACCUUAUUCUUGGACUGCUUUGGUUUUUAGUGAAUCUAGAUAAAUAUAAAUUAAGCUAAAACCAAAUUUUGUUCAAUCAUUAAUUGCUUUAUUACAUCUUACUCUACAAGAAUAUUGUUUUGGACUAGAAGUAAGUAAAAACAAAUAGCAACUAUUUCAUUAUUUGCCAGAACUAUUUUUCAGGGGCCAAGCUUGAUAUCUGGGAGAGCCCUAAUAACACCAGAGGAUGUUUCUUCUUCUAACCUUUACAUUUAAAAAUAGUUAAAUGUACCAGUACCGAUUCUUUAGGUCUAGUGAAUGUUAUUGUCGUAAAAAGACUUUGUAUUUCUGUUAAAAUUUCUAUUUUUUGUUGUGUAGAAAAGAAAUGUUUUAAUCAGAGAAACUGAUGGAACAUUGAGGAUAGCUCCAUGGGAUGUCAAGGAACGAAUGAAUCAGAUAUUCAACCCAAGAGAGGGCAGACAUUAUAUAAAGCCCAAAAUCUUUGAGGAGCAAAGAUUAGAGGUAAAAAAAAAAGUCUGGAGAUAGUUUUCCAGUGAUUUCUAGAGCUGUAUUUUAAAAAUAUCCUUAUAUCUCCUCCGCACAAAGAUAGUAAGAGUUGUCAGAAUGAAUCUUGAAGUAAGUGACUAUUGAGCCUGCAGGGCCUUAACCUGGAUUAUCUGGAGGGACGUCACUCCAUUAGCUUUUGACUUUCUCAAGUGAUUCAUCCUGUUCUAAUAUCGCAGAUUAUUUAUUGAUGCUAAAUUUAUUACAUGAGGACCUAACCAGAAUCAGCUCUGCUUUCAGAAGUGUAAAUAACACUGAAACUAUUAGCUGUGUCAUAGCAUCCAAAUUUUAUUUCAUACAACAGAAACUUAUUGUGGAAAAAAGAUUUGUGUACAUCCUUGACAGGGCUUGCUGCCAGUUUGAGCCAGAUGAUCCUGAUUUUGUAAGGGUGGGUCAAAAGUAUUUGAAACUUCUUCAACUUUUAUUAAAUAAUAAUCUACAAGAAAUUUUAUAUUAUAAUAUUAACUUUUGCAAAUUUAUAAUCAGGUCUUAGCCCCAGCCAUUUAAAAAUGAUAUUCGUUUUUACAGCUUUCCAAUUUUAUAGUUACAAAAUUUGAUUUAGGUGUUUAAAAAAGAAAGUACAUACCUGGUAAAAUAUAUUGGAAUUCCUCACUAUCUGGAUACGGGUAUUUAAUUUGUUUAGUAUAUCUCCAGACUACCCAUCCUGUGUUGUGUACAAUAAAAUUUCUAAGAUAUGUAACUAGGCAACCCAUCAUACAAAUAAUGCAAAUCUAUUUCUAUGGUACAUUUCAAGGCAAACCAAUCACUUGUACAAUACUAUAAAAUAUUUUUAUGAUAUAUCUCCAUAAUACCCAUUAUGUAUCUUCAGACUACCCACCGAGUGUACAAUGCUAUCAAUAAUAAUCAAGAGUAUGACAUCCUGAGAUCAACACGCCAUUUUGGAUCUUUGGCCUUCUACCUAGCCUGGAACCACAUUAUUGAUAAUUUAUUAUUAGAUAUGAUCAACAGAGAUUUGUAAGCAUCAAAACAUAGAACUUUACUUACUCUAUUGAUUAACCAGUACAGCAAUGUUAGAAGGAAAUUAUGCUUUAUCUAGCAGCAACAUUUAUGAAAAACAUAACUUUUAAGCUAGCAACAAAAUAACUGGGUAUGUUAGGAUAAUUAUAGAAUCUAUUUUAAGUCUUUCAGUUUAUUUCUUCUUGGUUUCAACUAUCGGUAAUGGUAGCACCCUUUUAUACUCAAAUUCACACACAAUUUUUAUUGUCUUUGCUAAAUGUAAUGCCCACUGGACUUAAUGGUAAAUUAAAAAACUUUACUAAGAAAUUUUUUAUUUUAUUUUUGAACAAUGAACUGUAAAACAAAAAUGAAUUUUUAUUCACAAUUGAAGAAAAAAAUAUAUUUCUUUCAUAGGUUGUCAGAUGCUGUUGAUUUGAUAAACUUACACUGUAUCAUUCAUCAAUCAAGUCCAUGCUCUCAAGCCAUUAGCCAAUUAGAGAGUCCUGACAAAGUAGCAAUCAUACAGGUACUGUAAAUGGUGAUUUUAAAAAAAUUUCUAAUCACUUCAUUAUGUGUAUGUAAACGUUAUAGAAUAGUAUUACAUAUAUUUCAAAAAAUUAUGAAAAGUUAUGUAUUGUUUGGGGAUUGCAUUCAAUUGCAAACAUUUCUGGUCUUUAGAAUGCUACAAAGCUAACAUUUCUCACAAAUCUUAGUUUAAAGUUUUUUUUUUAUAUGGAUCAAAAAUAGAUUUUACCAAUCAAUUUUUUUCUAAAUAUAUGUAGUGAAGAUUCAAAACAGAAACUAAUUGAAGAUUUAUGUAUAAAUAAGAGCUAAUUUAAAACUAUAAAGAAAUGUGUAAAAAAAAAAAAAAAAUUCCAUUUCUGAUUUAAUAAAUACAGAAAGUUUGUUUAUAAAUGUUUUCCCUUUGUUAAUUCUCUUUUUUUAUGAAAAAAAGAAAAUAAUUGAAAAUUUAUGUAUAAAUAAGAGCUAAUUUAAAACUAUAAAGAAAUGUGUAAAAAAAAAAAAAAAAUUCCAUUUCUGAUUUAAUAAAUACAGAAAGUUUGUUUAUAAACGUUUUCCCUUUGUUAAUUCUCUUGUUGUAUGCUGAUCAUUAUUAGGUGAUAUUAACAUUUUCUUCUUGAAUCAAUAUAUGAAUUUAAUUAUUAGCAGAGCCAAAGUUUUUUCUUAAUCUAGGGGUGUCUGUUAAAAAGUAACAUAAAACCAUUCCAUAUGUGAGUAUUUUAAAGUGGUCUGUUUGAUUCCUCAGACAUACAUUAAAACUGAAGCAACCAUCAAGCCACAACUGGAACUCUCUCUCCAGGCUUUCCAAGAUGCCAGUAAAAACAAAAGGAAAACCAAUUAGAAAUGUUUUUUUAAAGUUUAUUGCACAUUUAGACAAAAGCUAAUGCCUACAGGAGUUCUGGAUUGCAUGACAGACAUUAUACAUGAAUAUUUGUAGAAAGUUGGACAAUAGAAAAAAAUCUUAGAAACUCAACACUGUGUUGGCAUGUAAGGUCUUCAGUUAUUAAUAUUAUGAAGUAGUUUCAAGUAAUAGCACCUUAUUUUGAUACACUGCACGCUGUGGGGAGGAAUCAUUAAAUGUAUUUUCACUAAACGUGAGCUGUAAUACAGAAUAUCAAUCUGGAAUGUUGAAGUAUUGUACAUUACAUGAACUUUUUCAUACAUAAAAUAUUUAGAAAAAAAUAGACCUAUUGUCACGAGUAUAGAGAAGCUCUUAUUAAGCUUUAACAUAUUAACAUACAUCAACAUAUUAACUUUACUUACUUAAAAACACCAAGGUUAUGGCCAUGAGAUUAUUUCCUCACUGUUUAAGUUGUAAUGACAAAGCAUUCUCAAACAUUAAAAUUUCAUUCAAGAUAUUGCUUGAUAUUGUUCAUCAUUUUUACAUUAGGACUUUGGAAGUCACUUGUGCUGUGGUAACCUUGCCGGCCUCUUGAUUAAGGAGAUAGUGGGUUUGAAUUUAUGCAGGGCAAUCCCCAGCUUAAUAGCGAGGUAGGGCAGCUAAUCUUAGAACUGAGGCAAAAGAACAAAACCUAUCAACCACAAGAACUGGAUACAGCAGCCAACUUGGCGUGGAAUAAAAAAUCUGCAGUUGACACAAAAAAUUACUCAAAUUCUAUCAGUUAAGUAGCAGCUGCUCAAACAUAUCUGGAAGAGUAUUUAAAAAAAAGGAAAGAAAGGGCUUUAGAAUUUUUCAAUGGUUAGAGCUUUUGCCAUCUUGAAUAAUCUGCUAAAAUCCACACCCGGGAAAUUUAUUUGAAAGAAAUUUCGUUGACGGUAAAUUGAUCGACAGAAGUUUGAUCGAAUAGAAGUUUGGUAGAAU